ACUGCCCUCCGCCUCCUGCCACCUGCACGCCCCAGGAUGGGCGCUGGGUGUGGGGGCCGGGCACUGGUCUGCCUCCUGGUGGCCCUGCUGUUCAGAGUCGCAGCCCUCCAGGGUGCCGCGGCCAGCUGGGCGGCCCAGGACUCACAGCAGCAGGUGCCUGUUGCCCAGCAGCUGGCCUUUGUUCCGCCCCUCCUGGUCUUCCCCUCCGUGAGCCCCCUGAACCCCGCGCACAACGGGCGGGUGUGCAGCACGUGGGGCGACUUCCACUACAAGACCUUCGACGGCGCCAUCUUCCGCUUCCCCGGGCUCUGCAACUACGUGCUGUCGGCGCACUGCGGGGCCGCCUACGAGGACUUCAACCUGCAGGUCCGGCGCGCGGGGGCAGCCGCCGCCUCCCCCCUGUCCCGUGUGGUGCUGCACGUGCAGGGGCUGGUGCUCGAGCUGGCCAACGGCUCCGUGCUGGUGGACGGGCAGCGAGAGGAGCUGCCCUACAGCCGAGCCGGCCUCCUGGUGGAGCGGAGCAGUGACUACAUCAAGGUCACCGUGCGGCUGGUCCUGACCUUCAUGUGGAACGGAGCCGACAGUGCCCUGCUGGAGCUGGACCCCAAGUACGCCAACCAGACCUGCGGGCUGUGUGGGGACUUCAAUGGGCUUCCUGACUUCAACGAGUUCUUCACCCACAAUGCCAAGCUGACACCCCUGCAGUUCGGGAACCUACAGAAACUGGAUGGGCCCACUGAGCAGUGCCAGGACCCCCUGCCCGAGCCGACCACCAACUGCAGCCGUGGGGAGGACCUGUGUCUCGGGACGCUGCUGGGCCCCGCCUUCAGCCAGUGCACGGAGCUGGUGGACCCCACGGCCUAUGUGGACGCCUGCGCCCAGGACCUGUGCCGCUGCCCAGACUGCCCCUGCGCCACCUUCUCCGAGUAUGCGCGCCAGUGCGCCCAUGCCGGCGGGCAGCCCAGGGACUGGCGGGGCCCCCACCUCUGCCCUGCCCAGUGCCCCACCGGAAUGCAGCACCAUGAGUGUGGGUCCCCCUGCGCCGACACCUGCUCGAACCCUGAGCGCGCUCAGCUCUGUGAGGACCACUGCGUGGCCGGAUGCUUCUGCCCCCCAGGAAUGGUGCUGGAUGACAUUGGGCAUGCAGGUUGCGUGCCCCUGGAGCACUGUCCCUGCAGCCACGGCGGCCUCGUCUUCCAGCCGGGCGCCUCCUUCUCCACCAGCUGCAGCUCCUGCACGUGCUCGGGGGGACGCUGGCAGUGCCAGGAGAGGCCCUGCCCGGGCACCUGCUCCCUGGACGGUGGCUCCCACAUGUCCACCUACGACGAGAAGCUGUAUGACCUGCAUGGGGACUGCACCUAUAUCCUGUCCAAGCUGUGUGAGCAUGGCGGCUUCUCCGUGCUGGCCGAGCUGCGCAGGUGCGGGCUGACGGACACCGAGACCUGCCUGAAGAGCGUGACGCUGAGCCUGGACGGCGGGGAUAUGAACAUCCAGAUCCAAGCCAACGGGGCGGUGUUUAUAAACUCCAUCUACACCCAGCUGCCCGUCUCAGCAGCCAACGUCACCAUCUUCAGACCCUCCUCGUUCUUCGUCCUGAUGCACACGGGCCUGGGGCUGCAGGUGGCCGUGCAGGUGGUGCCUCUCAUGCAGGUCUCCCUGCGGCUGGAGCCCGCCCUCCGUGGCCAGAUGUGCGGCCUGUGCGGGAACUUCAACCAGAAUCAGGCGGACGACUUCCGGGCGCUGAGCGGCGUGGUGGAGGGCACGGCGGCCGCCUUCGCCAACACCUGGAAGGCCCAGGCCAACUGCCCCAACGUGCGGAACAGCUACGAGGACCCCUGCGCCCUCAGCGUGGAGAACGAGAACUACGCGAGACACUGGUGCUCCCGGCUCACGGACCCCACCGGGGCCUUCGCGCCCUGCCACGCGACCGUCAACCCCGCGCCCUUCCACUCGAACUGCAUGUUCGACACGUGCAACUGUGAGAAGACGGAAGACUGUCUGUGUGCUGCCCUGUCCUCCUACGUGAGGGCCUGCGCCUCUCGCGGCGUGCUGCUGCAGGGCUGGCGGGCCGGCGUGUGCGCCAGGUACAUGAGCAACUGCCCCAAGUCCCAGAACUACACCUACGUGGUGGACGGCUGCCCGCCCACCUGCCGCGCUCUGGGCCAGGCCGACGCCACCUGUGACGUGGCCUUCGUGCCUGUGGACGGCUGCACCUGCCCCGAGGGCCGCUUCCUGGAUGCCGAGGGCGCCUGCGUGCCGCCAGAGGCCUGUCCCUGCUACUUCCAUGGCUCCAUGCUGGCCCCCGGCGAGGCAGCUCAUGACGGUGACGCUGUGUGCUCGUGUGCCCAGGGGAAGCUGAGCUGUCUGGGGGACUUCCAGCAGAGCACAGGCUGCGUGGCCCCCAUGGUGUACCUGGACUGUAGCAACACCUCGGCCGGCACCCCCGGGGCAGAGUGUCUCCGGAGCUGCCACUCACUGGACGUGAAAUGUUUCAGCCCCCACUGUGUGUCAGGCUGCGUGUGCCCCCCGGGGCUGGUGUCCGAUGGGAGUGGGGGCUGCGUGGCGGAGGAGGACUGUCCCUGUGUGCACAACGAGGCCACCUACAGGCCGGGGGACACCAUCAGAGUGGACUGCAACACCUGCACGUGCAGGAAACGCAGGUGGGAGUGUUCCCACCAGCCCUGCCUGGGCACAUGCGUGGCCUACGGGGACAGCCACGUCAUCACCUUCGAUGGCACGCGCUACAGCUUUGAGGGCAGCUGCGAGUACACGUUGGCCCAGGACCACUGCGGUAACAGCAGCACCUCCAAGGGGACCUUUCGAGUGGUCACUGAGAAUGUCCCCUGUGGGACCACAGGGGCCACCUGCUCCAAGGCCAUCAAGCUCUUCCUGGAGAGCUACGAGCUGAUCCUGCAGGAGGGCACCCAGAAGGUGGUGCAGCGAGGCCCUGGUGCCCAGCCCCCCUACCAGCUCCGCUAUAUGGGCAUCUACCUGGUGGUGGAGACGCCCGGCGGGCUGGUCGUGGCCUGGGACCACAAGACCAGUGUCUUCAUCUGGCUAAGCCAGGACUACAAGGGCCGGGUCUGCGGGCUGUGCGGGAACUUUGACGACAACGGGCUCAACGACUUCACCACGCGGAGCCAGUCGGUGGCGGGCAGCGCGCGGGAGUUCGGCAACAGCUGGAAGUUUUCGCCGACCUGCCCCGACGCCCCAGCCCCCAGGGACCCCUGCAGCGCCAACCCCUACCGCAAGGCCUGGGCACAGCGCCAGUGCAGCAUCAUCAACGGUGCACCCUUCGCAGCCUGCCGCGCCCACGUGGAGCCGACGCCCUACUACGAGGCCUGUGUGAGCGACGCAUGUGCCUGUGACUCGGGCGGGGACUGUGAGUGCUUCUGCACGGCGGUGGCUGCCUAUGCCCAGGCCUGCCGUGACGCUGGCGUCUGUGUGUCCUGGAGGACUCCGGACAUCUGCCCCCUGUUCUGCGACUACUACAACCCCGAAGGCCAGUGUGAGUGGCACUACCAGCCCUGCGGGGCGCCCUGCCUCAGGACCUGCCGGAACCCCAGCGGCCACUGCCUGCACGACCUGCCGGGUCUGGAAGGGUGCUACCCAAGGUGCCCGCCCAGUGAGCCAUUCUUCAGUGAGGACCAGAUGAAGUGUGUAGCUCAGUGCGGCUGCUAUGACCAGGACGGGAAUUACUAUGACAUCGGGAGCAGGGUCCCCACCCCAGAGAACUGCCAACACUGUGACUGCACCCUGGCUGGCCUCCAGUGCACCCACAGCCUCGAGGCUUGCACCUGCGUCUACGAGGGCCAGACCUACGGAUACGGGGAUGUCAUCUACAACACCACGGAUGGGCUGGGUGCCUGCCUGGUGGCCAUCUGUGGGGACAACGGCACCAUCGUGCGCAGGACAACAGACUGCCCCCGGGUCCCGACCUCCACGCCUUUCACCUUCACCUCCACGGCCACCCCAGUGCCCACCACAGGCCGGACGCCCCUGCCCUCCACUGUGUGCGUGAGGCAGCACUGCCAGUGGUCCCCCUGGGUGAGUAGCGGCCAGCCAGAGCCAGGCCCGGGAGGCGGUGACUUUGAGACACUGGAGAGCCUGAGGGAGAGCAGCCUCCUGGUGUGUGAGGCGCCCGUGGACGUGCAGUGCCGGGCUCGGCAGCUGCCAGAAACCAGCCUGGAGGAGCUGGGCCAGAAGGUGCAGUGCAGUCCCGAGCUGGGGCUGAUGUGUUUCAACCUCGAGCAGAGCCCCUCACCCUGCCACGACUAUGAGGUGCGGGUGCUGUGCUGUGAGCUCCAGCCCUGUGCCCCCUCCCCGGCCCCGGGCAGCACUGCCUGGCCCCUGCCCACCGCCACCGAGUCCCCAGAGCCCCGCACCCCUGGGCCCCUGCCCACCGCCACCACGGUGCACCUGCCCAGCACCCCUGGGCCCCUGGCACCCACCACCCCUGGGCCCCUGCCCACCGCCACCACAGGGCCCCUGGCACCCACCACCACCAGGCCUCUGGCACCCACCACCACCAAACCCCUGCCCACCACCCCUGGGCCUUCCGUGCCCAGCGCCUCCACGGUGCCCGCAGCCACCAGCUGUCGGCCACGCUGUGAGUGGACGGAGUGGUUCGAUGAGGACUACCCCAAGUCGGAGGAGGCCGGCGGGGACUUUGAGACCUACGACAAGAUCCGGGCCGCGGGCAGGAGCAUAUGUGCGCAACCCCAGGACAUAGAGUGCCGCGCGGAGAACUUCCCGAAGCUGCCGCCCGAGCAGCUAGGCCAGCGUGUGCACUGUCACCCCGACCUCGGGCUGGUGUGUAAGAACCAGGAGCAGCCGGGCCGCUUCAAGAUGUGCUACAACUACAAGAUCCGAGUGCUGUGCUGCGGCGACAGCCACUGCCGGCCGCCCGCCACGGCCACCACCACGGCCACGGCCACUGCCUCGCCCAGCAGCACAGCCAGCUCGGCCGUGGUCGCCACCAGCACCAGGCCCAGCAGUGGUGCCACCUUGGCCACAACCGGCAGUGGCACCUCCCUCGGAACCAGCACGGUCGGCAGCAGCGCUCCCGCCACCACCCCCAAGUCCCCAGCCACAGAGCCAGGGACGCGGCCAGGGAGCAGCCCGGCGGUGACCAGGGCCCGGCCCGGGAGCACCACGACGGCCCCUCUGCUCCUGAGCACGACCCCGAGCCCUGCGUCCACCCUGGCCCACACCCCUUCCCCUGCAGUCACCGUGACAUCCAUGCACCCCAGUCACAGCUCCCAGCCCGGCCCCAAUGUGCUGACUGUGCGGGUCUCCACAUCGCGCCCAGCCACAGGGGCCCAGCAGGGCAGAACCAGCACCACGGCCACCAGCAUCCAGAGCACCACCGCCUGCCAGCCCCGAUGUGAGUGGACCGAGUGGUUUGACGUGGACUUCCCCAUCUCAGGCGUGACAGGCGGGGACAUGGAAACCUACGAGAACAUCAGGGCGGCCGGUGGCCGGCUGUGCGCAGAGCCGCAGAAGGUCGAGUGCCGUGCGGAGAACUACCCGGAGGUGAGCAUCGACCAGGUAGGCCAGAAUGUCAGCUGCAGCCUGCAGACGGGCUUGGUGUGUCGCAACGAGGACCAGCUCGGCCGUUUCCGCAUGUGCUUCAACUACAACAUCCGGGUGUUCUGCUGUGACGACACGCGCCACUGCCCCAGCACGCCGGGGCCGGGACAGAGCACGGCCAGCACAGAGCCUGUGCCAGGUCACAGCACGGGUGCCACACCAGUGCCAGAACACAGCACAGCCAGCACCAAGCCCGUGCCAGGUCACAGCACUGCCACCAUGCCAGUACUGGGACACAACACCGCCACCACGCCGGGGCCGGGACACAGCACGGCCAGCACCAAGCCUGUGCCAGGACACAGCACUGCUACCAUGCCAAUGCCAAGACAGAGCACAGCCAGCACACCAGGGCCAGGACAGAGCACGGCCAGCACCAAGCCUGUGCCAGGACACACCACAGCCACCACGCCGGGGCCAGGACACAGCACAGCCAGCACCAAGCCCGUGCCAAGUCACAGCACAGGUGCCACACCAGUGCCAGGACACAGCACGGCCAGCACCAAGCCCGUGCCAGGUCACAGCACGGGUGCCACACCAGUGCCAGAACACAGCACAGCCAGCACCAAGCCCGUGCCAGGUCACAGCACUGCCACCACGCCAGUACUGGGACACAGCACUGCCACCACGCCGGGGCCGGGACACAGCACGGCCAGCACCAAGCCUGUGCCAGGACACAGCACUGCUACCACGCCAAUGCCAAGACAGAGCACAGCCAGCACGCCAGGGCCAGGACAGAGCACGGCCAGCACCAAGCCUGUGCCAGGACACACCACAGCCACCACGCCGGGGCCAGGACACAGCACGGCCAGCACCAAGCCUGUGCCAGGACACAGCACAGCCAGCACGCUGGGGCCAGGACACAGCACAGCCAGCACCAAGCCUGUGCCAGGACACAGCACUGCCACCACGCCGGGGCCAGGACAGAGCACGGCCAGCACCAAGCCUGUGCCAGGUCAUGGCACUGCCACCACGCUGGGGCCAGGACACAGCACAGCCAGCACCAAGCCCAUGCCAGGACACAGCACUGCCACCACGCCAAUGCCAGGACAGAGCAUGGCCAGCACCAAGUCCGUGCCAGGACACAGCACUGCCACCACACCAAUGCCAGGACGGAGCACGGCCAGCACCAAGCCCGUGCCAGGACACAGCACAGCCAGCACACCGGGGCCAGGACAGAGCAUGGCCAGCACCAAGCCUGUGCCAGGUCACAGCACUGCCACCACGCUGGGGCCAGGACAGAGCACGGCCAGCACCAAGCCCGUGCCAGGACACAGCACUGCCACCACACUGGGGCCAGGACAGAGCACGGCCAGCACCAAGCCCGUGCCAGGACACAGCACUGCCACCACGCUGGGGCCAGGACAGAGCACGGCCAGCACCAAGCCUGUGCCAGGUCAUAGCACUGCCACCACGCUGGGGCCAGGACAGAGCACGGCCAGCACCAAGCCUGUGCCAGGUCAUAGCACUGCCACCACGCUGGGGCCAGGACACAGCACAGCCAGGACCAAGCCCAUGCCAGGUCACAGCACUGCCACCAUGCCGGGGCCAGGACAGAGCACGGCCAACACCAAGCCUGUGCCAGGACACAGCACUGCCACCAUGCCAAUGCCAGGACAGAGCACAGCCAGCACGCCAGGGCCAGGACAGAGCACAGCCAGCACCAAGCCUGUGCCAGGACACACCACAGCCACCACGCCGGGGCCAGGACACAGCACAGCCAGCACCAAGCCCGUGCCAAGUCACAGCACGGGUGCCACACCAGUGCCAAGACACAGCACGGCCAGCACCAAGCCUGUGCCAGGUCAUAGCACUGCCAGCACGCCGGGGCCAGGACAGAGCAUGGCCAGCACCAAGCCCGUGCCAGGUCACAGCACUGCCACCACGCCGGCGCCAGGACAGAGCAUGGCCAGCACCACGCCAGGGCCAGGACAGAGCACGGCCAUGAGAGGCCCCAGCACAGAGCCACCAGAGCCCUGGACAGGGGCACCGACUGGGCCACAGCCCGGCAGCCCCACAAGCAUAGCCAGGCCCAGGUUCCCAACAACCGCUAAGCUGGAGAGCACCCCCGGGACCCCGAGCCUCAGCCCCGAGCAGACGCCAGGAAGCCCCACGGCCUGCCAGCCCCGCUGCUACUGGACGGACUGGCUGGACCAGAGCUUCCCAGUGCCCGGGGAGUCGGGGGGCGAAUUCGAGACGUACUCCAGGAUCCGAGCGGCGGGCGGGGUGGUGUGUGAGCACCCUGAGGCCUUGGAGUGCCGGGCACAGGCCUGGCCACUGGUGCCGCCCCAGCGGCUGGGCCAGGUGGUGACGUGCCGGCUGGAGGAGGGCCUGGUGUGCCUGAACCGUGAGCAGGCCGGCCGCUUCCGGGUGUGUCUGAACUACGAGAUCCGCGUGUACUGCUGCGACCGCCACUGCCCCGGCACCCCGGCCACCAGCCCCAGUACCCGCCCUGGCUCCCCAUCAGCUCCACACACCUCCACCUGGGCCCCCACACCACCCAGCCCCAAGGUCCCUAGUACUGGUGCCGCCAUGACAGCCACCAGCCAGACCAGCACCAAGCCGUGGUCAUCUGAAGUGGCCCGGCUCAAAACCACAGCCACCACUCAGACACACACGGCACCUGGGGUCACCGUCCCCACCUCUGAGGCAGGACCCUCCAGCCCUGUCACCACCCAGAGGGUCACCAUCCCCACCUCUGAGGCAGGACCCUCCAGCUCUGGGGCCACCCAGAGGGUCACCAUCCCCACCUCUGAGGCAGGACCCUCCAGCUCUGGGGCCACCCAGAGGGUCACCGUCCCCACCUCUGAGGCAGGACCCUCCAGCCCUGUCACCACCCAGAGGGUCACCGUCCCCACCUCUGAGGCAGGACCCUCCAGCCCUGUCACCACCCAGAGGGUCACCGUCCCCACCUCUGAGGGAGGACCAUCCAGCCCUGUCACCACCCAGAGGGUCACCGUCCCCACCUCUGAGGCAGGACCCUCCAGCCCUGUCACCACCCAGAGGGUCACCGUCCCCACCUCUGAGGCAGGACCCUCCAGCCCUGUCGCCACCCAGAGAGUCACCGUCCCCACCUCUGAGGCAGGACCCUCCAGCCCUGUCACCACCCAGAGGGUCACCGUCCCCACCUCUGAGGCAGGACCCUCCAGCUCUGGGGCCACCCAGAGGGUCACCGUCCCCACCUCUGAGGCAGGACCCUCCAGCUCUGGGGCCACUGUCUACAGUCCCUCCGCCUCUCAGGGAACUCUGCCCACGGUCCCCCCGGCGACCUCCCCACCAGCUCUGUCCAGUGGCCCCACCAGCCCCUUCCUGUCCAGCACAUCUGGGGGGGCCUGCACCCCACGCUGCAUGUGGACUGAAUGGCUUGACCAGGACUACCCCCAGCCCGGCCUCAAUGGGGGGGACUUGGAGACCCUGGUGGCCCUCCGUGCGGCCGGCCACGAAUUCUGCGAGCAGCCGCUGGCCAUCGAGUGCCGCUCGGAGCUGAAGCCGGAUGUGCCGCUGGCGGCGCUGGACCAAGUGGUGGAGUGCAGCCUGGGGCUGGGGCUGCUAUGCCGGAACCGCGACCAGCCGGGCCCGCGGCCCUACUGCCACAACUACAGCCUGCGUCUGCUGUGCUGUGACGACCGUAGCCACUGCGGCAGCCCCGCGCCGGCCAGCACCCCGGCCAGCACCACACUCCACAGCCCGGGGCCCAGCACCCCCUGCUUCUGCCAGGCGUUUGGGCAGCUCUUCUUGCCCGGGGACAUCGUCUAUAACAGGACAGACAAGGCCGGCUGCCGCUUCUAUGCCGUCUGCAACCAGCACUGUGAACUCGACCGUUUCCAGGGCGCCUGCCCCACCUCGCAGCCCCCCCUGCCCUCGGCCUCCACGCCCCCGCCCUCCGCCUCCACGCCCCUGCCCUCGGCCUCCACGCCCCCGCCUUCGCCAGCACCCGGUUGCGACCUGACCGUGCCCCCACGCCAGGUGAACGAGACCUGGACGCUGGAGGACUGCACGGUGGCUCGCUGUGAGGGUCACAACCACGUGGUCCUGCAGGAGCCCGAGCCCGUGACCCCGGUCACCUGUGCCAGUGGCCGCCAGCCCAUCAAAGUGUGGCCGUCGGAACAGCCCUGUGACUUCCACUAUGAGUGCGAGUGCUCCUGCAGCGGCUGGGGUGACACUCACUUCAGCACCUUCGAUGGGACGGCCUACUCGUUCCUGGACAAAUGCACCUACGUGCUGGUGCGGGAGAUCAGGCCACGGCUGGGCAACCUCACCAUCCUGCUGCAUGGUCGCUUCUGUAUGGUGCCCACGGCCCACAGCUGCCCCCGGGCCCUCAGCAUCCAGUACCUGUCCACCCACGCGGUCCUCACCACAAGCACCGGGCCCGACGGGCAGGAGGAAGGCCUGGUCCUGUUCGACCAGAAGCGGGUGAGCCUGGGCUCCAGCAGGAGCGGCGUGAUGGCGUGGGCCUCGCCCUCCGGCACCGUGGGAGUGGACAUCCCGGCCAUUGGCCUGCACGUCACCUUCAAUGGCCACGGCUUCCAGAUCCAGCUGCCCUAUGCCAACUUCAGCCACAACACAGAGGGCCAGUGUGGCACCUGUACCAACAGCCGGGCAGAUGACUGCCGUCAGCCAGAUGGCACCAUGGCGCCCACAUGCCAGGACAUGGCUAAGUCCUGGCUGGUGCCCGACGGCAGUGAGGAUUGCGGGGUGCAGCCCAGCCCCCCACCCCCCGGGCCCUCGGCCAGCCCGUGCCCGCCGCCACCCCUCUGCCAGCUACUGCUCGACCAGGUCUUCGCUGCCUGCUGGGACCUCAUCCCUGCAGACCCCUUCUUCCAGGCCUGUGUCAGCGACGCCUGCCUGCCCGGCCCGCACGUCCUGCCCUGCCAGAGCCUGGAGGCCUACGCGGCCGAGUGCCGGGGCCGUGGGCUGUGCCUGGACUGGCGCAACGCCACCUCCGGGCUGUGCGACCACGCCUGCCCUCUGGGAAUGGAGUACCGGCCGUGCGGCCCUGUGCAGCCCGAGUCCUGUGACGCCAGGACCCAGACCCCCGUGAGCACGGUGCAGACGGAAGGCUGCUACUGCCCCCCUGGGCAGGUCCUGCUACAGGCGCAGGGGGACGCCUGUGUGCGGCAGUGCUCCUGUGUGGGGCCAGACGGGGAUGCCAAGUCCCCGGGCGAGCGCUGGGUCAGCAACUGCCAGGCCUGUGAAUGUGACGAGGGCUCAGUGACCGUGCGGUGCCAGCCUGUGCGGUGCCCGGCUCCAGACAGGCCCCUGGAGUGUGGGCGCACCGGCUUCGUGCCCAAGUCCCGACCCCGGGCGGAUGACCCCUGCUGCCCAGAGACACUGUGUGUCUGCAAUGCCACCACCUGCCCCCAGAGGCCCCCCACGUGCGGGCCCGGGGAGGAUCUGACACACACGCAGGAGGAAGGAGACUGCUGCCCCACCUUUGAGUGCCGCCCGAAGCUGUGCGAACACAACGGCUCCUACUAUGGGGUGGGCGCCACUGUUCCCGCCACGCCCUGCCACACCUGUACCUGCCUAGCCCCGGAUGGCCAGCCACCGAGCGUGAGCUGUGAAGCGGUCGCCUGCAACACCACUUGUCCCCAGGGCUAUAGGCACUCGCCGGUGGCCGGGACCUGCUGUGGGGAGUGUGUGCCCGUGGCCUGCCUCACGCCCGAGGGCGCGGUGGUCCAGCCCAACGAGACCUGGGUCAACAGCCUGGUGGACAACUGCACCCAGUACCUGUGUGAGGCUGAUAAGGAGGUCCCCGUGCUGACCCCCAGGCCCUCACCCUGCCCAGACGUGGCCAGCUGCAGGGGCACCCUCAAGAAGACGGGCUGCUGCUACUCCUGCCAGGAAGAGGAAGACUCCUGCCAGGUGCACGCCCACACCGCGGUGCUCCGGGAUGGGGACUGUGUCGCCGAGGCUGCCGUCAGCGUCCCCUUCUGUGAGGGCUCCUGUCCCGGCCUGUCCAAGUACUCCGUGGAAGCCGGCGCCCUGCAGCACCACUGCACCUGCUGCCGGGAGCUGCGGGCCCACCAGGAGGAGGUGACUCUGCAGUGCUCCAACGGGACGGCCGUGCGGCACACCUACACCCAUGUGGACGCGUGCGGCUGUGCGCAGGCCUGCGCACCUCCCGAGACCCCCGAGGACGGCUCCCCGGCCCUGCUGUAGGGCUGCUCUGCCCACAGCCUGCGCCCCUCCCGAGGCCCCCGAGGACGCCCCCCCCCCCCCCGUCCUGCCGCAAGGCUGCUCUGGCCCUAGGGCCAUAAUAAAUGUUCACCAUCCUGA